AUGAUUGGUGAUGCUGGUGAUGUCGAUAAUGUUGGUAAUAAUAUCAGUGAAUUUGAUGUUAAUGGUGGUGGUUUUCGUGAUGAUGAUGGUGGUGGUGAUAAUGAUGAUGUUAACGAUGAUAAUAUUUUUCUUCUUCUGAAUGUUUUGGAUGGUGCAGAUAGCCAACAGUUGAAUUAUAAUUCAGUUUCCAGUAAUGAUGAUUGUAAUAAAGAUAAUGAGUUAAUCAAAUGUUGA